AUGUCAAAGAACACAGGAGCAAGCCAGGAAAACGAAGAGAACGUGUCAGCGCCGGAAAGGAGGAAUUCGACCACGAAAAGAAGGCAAAACGGGGACGACAAGGUCAUCAGGUUCCGCUGUGACUUCCCUUCGACGCAGGUUAAGGUGAUGUUGGCCAGAGGAUGGACCCAGCCUAACGACCAAAACUGGCACCUCUGGUGGUGCGAGGUUAACGACGUUCGCCAAGCUUUGGACCUGAAACUAGCUCCCCAUCAGAGAAUUCCUCACUUCCGUAACCAUUACGAACUGACACGAAAGAAUUACUUGUACAGAAAUUUGAAACGAUAUAAGAAAUUGUUACUGAAGUCGAAUAAGAUGGACGAGGCUAAACUAUGCGACGGCAUGCCGCUGACUUAUGAACUACCCAACGACUUUAGAUUAUUUGCGGAGGAGUAUCACAAGCAGCCUGGAUCUACUUGGAUCGUGAAACCUGCAGGAAGAUCGCAGGGCAAAGGCAUCUUCCUGUUCAGAAAGCUGAAGGAUCUGUCCGAGUGGUGUAGCAAGGAGUUUGGCCAGCAAGUGGAAACAACACCGCCAACGGAGACUUUCAUCGUGCAGAAAUACGUGGAGAACCCUUAUCUCCUGGCGGGCAGGAAAUUCGACCUACGUAUUUACACUCUGGUAACCUCGUUCCACCCUCUGAAGGUUUGGUUGGCCAGGGAGGGAUUCGCGCGGUUGUCCGGCGAGUUGUUCGACCUGGAGAACAUAGAUGAUAGCAGAGUACACUUGACUAACAUGGCCAUACAGUUGAAGACUCAAGCAAGUGACGACGAUAAGCAAGAACUGAAGAAAGGUUGCAAAUGGGCGUUGACGAAGGUUAGAGAAUAUUUAACUGCGAGGCACGGGCCCGACGCUAUCGAGGCUUUGUUUCAACAAAUUGCUGGCGUGAUAAUGGCCAGUUUGCUAGCGGUGCAGUCGGUGAUCAUGCAGGGAAAGAACUCGUUCGAGCUGUACGGCUACGAUACACUUCUCGACGAGGAUCUGACGCCUUGGUUGCUGGAGGUGAACGCCUCGCCGGCGUUGACCGGCACCGAUACCGAGGAUUAUCGGCUCAAGUUCGAUCUCGUCGACGACGCGCUAAACGUGCUCGACCUCGAGGCUCGUUUCUCCGGCAGGGAGACCAGAAUCGGCGGUUUCGACCUAUUGUGGAACGACGGCCCGGUGUGGACUCAUUGUCCAAAUCCGUCUGUUUGCGGCGAACCACCGACCGAUCUUCGAAAACUCAACGUUUUCCUUGGAGCACGGAACGACAGAGUUGAACAAUUACGUCGACUCCGGCAGUGUUUGGAGGAAAAGAAGAGCAGGGUGCAAAACGAUCGAGCGAAAGUGAGAAAUCGAGAGUGAAGAAA